CUUUUCUCUCUUAAGAAAUUGAAAUGCUGCUUGCACAAACAUUAUCGACUGAUGCACAGCUUCGUCAAAAUGGUGCUCAUGAAUUAAUUCGGUUAAAUAAAAUGAAUUAUUCAAGUUGUUCUACUGAACUGUUUGAUUUACUCACUUCAGAAAAAAUGGAUGAUAAUUUACGAGUGGCAGCCGGUAUCCAUUUAAAAAAUACACUCUCCACAUCGGCAUGGUCCCUUACUUACCAUGAGACAAAAGUUACCAUGAGAACAAAACUUCUUUUAUUACUGGAUACGAAAAACAGGAAUGUUGCCAACGUCGUGAGCCAGGUGAUAGCCGUCAUAGCCAUAAUAGACCUUCCAAAAGGUCACUGGAAAGACUUGAUUGAUAAUUUGGUCAACAAUGUCAUUCAUCCUUCUUCCUCCUAUGACUUGAAACAAUACACCCUUCAAACGAUCGGCUACAUUUGCGAGUCACUGGAUCCAAACAUGCUAUCUGUCAAUCAAUGCAACUCUAUUUUGACCGCCAUUGUGGACGGUGCUCGUCGAGAGCAACGAGUUCCAGAGGUUCAACUUGCAGCCAUUAGGGCCUUAUAUAAUUCGCUUGAGUUUACACAAAGAAAUUUCGAAAAAUCAAGAGAACGAAAUUUUAUAAUGAAUGUGCUGUGUGAUGGUGCUACACCAAGUAUGCAUUCGAGCGUGGAUUUACAAGUGAGUUCGUAUGAAUGUUUGAAUCGCAUCAUGCAAUUAUAUUAUGACACAAUGGACGAUGGUAUGUGUAGUUCUUUGUUCAAUCUGACAGUCUUUGGCAUGAUUCGGUCGGAUGAAGAAAUUACCUUACAAGCAAUUGAAUUCUGGUGCACAGUUGCUGAGAUGGAAAUUAAUUUAAAUCAACAAAAAUCCAAACACCAUUCAUAUUGUAACCAAGCUGUAAAAUACAUUUUACCGAGUCUAUUCAAGUUGGUAGUAAAGAAAAAAUCUUUCAAAUAUGACGAUGACCUUAGCCAGGAGAGAAACAUACCAAAUGCUUCGUCCCAUUGUUUGACUUUAUUAGCACAGUGUUGUCGAGAACUCGUGAUACCACAAACCAUAGAGUUUAUUACCGACAAUCUUUUUACAGCGACUAGUGAUUGGAACCAACGUGAAGCAGCUAUCAUUGCUUUUGGAUGUAUUAUUGAAGGUCCCUGUAAGUACAAGACCAAGCAAUUGGUUAACGAAAUAUUACCUACCAUAUUGAAAAGCUUAAAGGAUCCGAAUACAUUUAUUAGAGUUUCUGCCUCUUGGACUUUAUCACAUAUUAUUCAACAUUCCAUCCAAGUCUUGGAUAUCAGCACUGUGUUACCCGGUAUGAUUCCAAUGAUAAUUGAGGGAGUGUAUGCAAAAGAACAAAAAAGUGUCUACAAUUCAUGCCUGUGCUUGAUCCACCUUGCCAAAGAGCUUAAGGUGGAUAAUAACAUUCGUGAUGAAGCUAUUGUCACCUCAGGUCCAUUAUCAAGGUACACCAGACAUAUAUUGGAAGCAUUGUAUAAUAUCACUAAGAGGAUAAAUACAAGCCAUGAUACCAAGUGUAAAAACACUAUCUAUUAUGCCAUGUGUUCCAUCAUUAUGCAUUGUCCUCAGGAUUGUGAAGAAAUCGUCCAUUUAAUGACAAACAUCGUCUUAAAGCAAUUAACCCAACUCACUACACUAGCAGAGAUUGAGGAUUAUGAUGACGAUCAUUUCUGGGUUCUGUACACAAAUCUAUUAGGUGUUUUAACAAGCUGUGUCCAACGACUUCGAAAAGCAUCUGAUGGGUAUGGGAAUAAAAUCAUGAUGAUAUCAUCUGAAAUCAUUCGCAUCCAUGUUCAGCACCACGUCCAUACAAAUAUCAUAGAAGACGCAUUUAUACUUGUCUCAGCUUUAUUAACUACGACUGGAACACAUUUUGCUCGCCAUGUCGAUACGCUUAUACAAAGUAUGUGUAAAACUCUGAAAAAGACCGAGAGUGAUCGUCUCUCUAUGAUCAUUGUAGAAAUUAUCAGCGAUCUCUGCUGCACAUUUGGAGAUGCUACUUCUUUGUACGCAAAUGAUUUCAUGCAAAUUUUAUUACACAAUUUAAAGAGCGAGACGCUAGAUCGACAAGUGAAGCCUAUGUCACUGUCUUGUAUAGGAGAUGUGGCGCAUGCCUUGGGACCUCGGUUUAAACCGUUUGUCGAAAUUGUCAUGAUAGCAUUGAAGCAAGCGGGUAACUUGCAGCCCGAUAAAAAGGACCCAUCCAAGAUAAAGUAUAUAGAUGCAAUUCGCGUGGGCACAUUGGAAGCAUUUGAAGGCAUAUUACAAGGCUUGGAUGAAAAAACCAGGAAGAGUCAUCACAUGUUACCACAUGUGCUUGACAUUAUCCUGUUUAUGAAUAACAUUGCCUUGGAUAAAUCCAGAUCCGAUCGAUUGACAAGUGUAAUGACUGGUGUCCUGAGGGCAUCCUCAAGAUCUCGUUAUUCAAGAUCACCUUCUCCUCGUCGUCGUUCCGUUUCGAAAGGCUCACGUUCACCACGCUCACGAUCACCCCCACGUCGUAGUCAUUCACGAUCUCCCAGCCCAGAACACCUUCAUUCUAUUCUUGUCACAAACUUGACGCGCAAUGUCAAGGAAGAUCACGUACGAGAGAUUUUCAGUAAAUUCGGUAAAAUCACUUUCCUCGACUUUCCCAUCAACAAAGUUUGCAAGGCAUACAUUGAUUACGAAACUCAAGAAGAAGCCGAUAAAGCUUUAAGCUACAUGGACAAUGCCCAAUUAGAUGGUAAAAGGCUUGUAUGUGUUGCGGCGCCCAAGCAACGUGAGAAAUCUCGUUCUCCUUCACCACCAAAAGCCCGUUAUGCUCCACCUCCAUUUAGACGAGACACCCGUGCACCUAUUCCUGCUGGACGUGGGGACCGCUUUGGAGGCAACCGAGGUAGACGUUAUUCUCGCUCACCAUCCCGCUCACCCAUCCGUCGUGGCAGACGUUAUUCCUAUUCGCGUUCCAGAUCUCCCUCUCGUAGUUACUCAAGAGGAAGAAAGAGAUCGUACUCCCGUGGACGUAGUUAUUCUCGUGGACGUAGUUAUUCUCGCAGCAGAAGUUACUCAAGAAGUUUAUCGAUCAGUAAAAGUCGUAGUCGAUCUCCCAGACGUAGUAGAUCACCUCUCAGACGUAGCAGAUCUCCUAUUCGACGUAGAUCAUCCAUCAAACGUAGUCGAUCUCCAUUAAAGCGUAGUAGAUCACCUUACAGACGUAGUAGCAGAUCCCCAAGAAGAAGCAGAUCUCCUGUCAGACAUAGCAGAACAAGAUCGUACUCAAGAUCUCUUUCGAGACGUAGAAGCCCCAGCAUCAAACGUUAA